GCGAGUACCUUUGCCAAUUUCCAAAAAGAAACCCAUAGAACUAGUAGUAUCUAGUGUCUAUCUGGAACUCCCCCUUUCAGUAUCUCACUCUCAUUUCUUUCACAUUUCUUGAUUUCUAGGGUUUUAUUCUCCUGCAAGUAACACAACAACCUCAGUCUCCCCGCAAGAAUGGCGGCACCAUCAGUCCUCCCCGCACGCUCCAACACCAAAACUGAAACCUUCGUAGACAACAAACGCACAGAAGACAUCCGUCAACAAAAUAUCGCCGCCGCUCAAUCCGUAGCUGACGCAGUCCGCACUUCCCUGGGUCCAAAAGGCAUGGACAAAAUGAUCCAAACAGCAUCAGGUGAAGUUAUCAUCACCAACGAUGGCGCAACAAUCCUUAACAAAAUGGACGUCCUUCAACCAGCCGCCAAGUUCCUGGUACAACUCUCUAAAUCUCAAGAUACUGUCGCUGGUGACGGAACAACCACUGUCGUUGUCCUGGCUGGCGCCCUUUUAAAGCAAUGCUCUUUAUUACUCUCUCAUGGUAUUCACCCCACUGUUAUCUCCGACUCCCUUCAUAAAAUAUCUACCCACGCUGUUGAUGUGCUUACUUCCAUGGCUGUUCCUUUGGAGCUUUCUGAUCGAGAUUCGCUUGUUAAGUCGGCCUCCACCUCGCUUAAUAGUAAGGUUGUUAGUCAGUAUUCUUCUCUUUUAGCUCCUCUUGCUGUUGAUGCUGUUUUAUCUGUUGUUGAUCCUGGGAAGCCUGAUAUGGUUGAUUUGAGGGAUAUUAAGAUUGUUAAGAAGCUUGGUGGGACGGUUGAUGAUACUGAGAUGGUUAAGGGCUUGGUUUUUGAUAAGAAGGUUUCGCGCUCCGGUGGAGGGCCUACUAGGAUGGAGAAUGCUAAGAUUGCUGUCAUUCAGUUUCAGAUUUCCCCUCCUAAGACGGAUAUUGAGCAGAGUAUUGUCGUUUCUGAUUAUACGCAGAUGGAUCGGAUUUUGAAGGAGGAGAGGAAUUAUAUUUUGGGGAUGAUUAAGAAGAUUAAGGCCACUGGCUGUAAUGUGCUUUUGAUUCAGAAGAGUAUUUUGAGGGAUGCUGUCACCGAUUUGUCAUUGCAUUACUUGGCUAAGGCCAAGAUUUUGGUUAUUAAGGAUGUUGAGAGGGAUGAUAUUGAGUUUAUUACUAAGACUUUGAACUGUUUGCCUAUUGCCAAUAUAGAGCAUUUUAGGGCGGAGAAGCUGGGUUAUGCUGAGAUGGUUGAGGAGGUCUCUGUUGGGGAUUCAAAGAUUGUGAAGAUCACUGGGAUUAAGGAUAUGGGGAGGACUACAACUGUUCUGGUUCGAGGAUCGAAUCUGUUGGUGCUAGAUGAGGCUGAGAGGAGUUUGCAUGAUGCUUUGUGUGUUGUCAGAUGUUUGGUUAGCAAGAGGUUUUUGAUUGCAGGUGGUGGGGCGCCGGAGAUUGAACUCUCCAGACAGCUGGGGGCAUGGGCCAAAUCUCUGCAAGGAAUGGAAGGCUAUUGUGUUAAGCAUUUUGCUGAAUCUCUGGAGGUUAUCCCUUACACCUUGGCUGAAAAUGCGGGUUUGAACCCCAUUGCUAUUGUUACUGAGUUGAGAAAUAAGCAUGCCCAAGGAGAGAUAAAUGCUGGGAUCAAUGUGAGGAAGGGGCAGAUCACUAAUAUCUUGGAGGAGAAUGUGGUUCAGCCUUUGCUUGUCAGUACAAGUGCGAUUUCCUUGGCAACAGAGUGUGUUAGGAUGAUUUUGAAGAUUGAUGACAUAGUGACAGUGCGAUAGACUUAAUUACAUGGUAUGAUUUUGCUGGAAAAAAAUGCUGAAUUGUUUUUUAUUUUCUCUUUUAGGAUAUCAAUCUGGCGAUGUUGCCUACUUGAGUAGCUAUGGUUUAGUGGGCAAUUUUUGAGUGCUGUUAUCUGUGUUGACAUUUUGUUUUUACUUUGAUGUGCUAUGUUUUUUGUUGAA